AUGGCCCCCGUACAGGGCUUUGGGGAUUUCCCCGACAUUCCUGUGAUGUCAGUGAAUGGAGCUGAUGCUCGAGACUCCGCUCAAGAUGCUCGCAUCAAUAUGUCGCCAUCUUCUACCCUGCACAAUCUCGCAGGUCGAGCCGACUCUACUACAACCGCCGGCAAGAUUGCCUAUGGCCAGGGUACGGUCAACCCCGCCCACAUCAAGAUGCAGGGCCUUAUGGCCUUGUUCGCAAUCAUCGGUGCUGCAUUCGUUCUUGCUGCCAUUUGGUUCUUCUUCUGGGCCAAGAACGGCGGGUUCGUCUGGCGGAAAGGUGACUGGGAUGACUAUAAAUCAACGGUGUUGCGUCGCAAGGGACCGGACGGACGAACGCUCAGUAACGCAACCAAGAGCACCAAGCUCGGCGGCGGAAGCGUGGUUGGAAAGGGCUACAGCGAUGGCGGCUACACGUACACCGACGACGACGGCUACACCGAGACCGGCACAACCGUCACCGAGAAGCAGCCUAAGAAGAAACGCAACCUCAAGGAGAAGCUCCUCCGCCGACACAAAGACGAGCGAUACGAGGGUGAAGCGGAUGACGACGUGCGAGCUUAUCGCGAAGAAAAGCCUGCCCGAAUUGGUGGCAUGAAUCGCCAACCGGAUGGAACCUACCACGGCAGCGACUACGACUCCUCUGCAGUGCCUUCGAACUACCAGCAAAGCGAGGUGACCGAGGCACGCGACUACGCAUACGAGCAACCCCGCCGCUCGAAGCGCCGCGACCCUUCUGGCUUCUCCUUCACUGCCGGCAGCGAGGACGUCUUGAGCCAGACCACCGAAGAGUCCCAUCUACGUGACCCGUCCCAACGCCGCCAGAACCGUCGCCGUGAUCGUGGCGAGCGUGAGCAUGAGCGUGAGCAUCGCAGAAGCGCCGCACCUCCGGCCGCGCCUCCUUCUGCACCAUCAUCUCGCACCAGUAGCCCCCGCAAGAAGGAUCGCCGUUCCGCACCCGGUGGUUACACCGAGCCCCUCGACUUUUCUUCCUCCGGCACCCGCUCUGAUUACCAGUACUCCAACGUCGACACCGAAGAUUCAGGCCAUAAGAGCUACCACCAUCCGAUUCCCGGAUUGACCAAGGGCUACCGCCGUGGCCGCGGCGAAGGAGGACGCCGUCGCCGUGACAGUCUGAGUGACAGCGAGGGCGAUGAGACUCGGUGCUCGUGA